UGUUGAAUUUACAGUUAGUUACAUUGUAAUCUGUUUUAGUCGAUUAUGUGGGCAAGACCAUUUCCAGUGGAGGUAAAGCCAUUUCAUGUCCGCUCCUUGAAUGGGACUGCAGUACAGCGAGUGACGACAUCACUGUAUCUGAUACUUUGGUAACAAAUGAAAAGCCCAAAACUCCGCCACAAGACACAGGAUGUCGAAUAAGGUCGUGGAGACGUCUGUUGACAUCAAGACCUUUGGUUAUCAGAGGCGGAAGACGAGAGAUGUUUCUGGUGAAAGUCAGCUUCUCUUUGAAACAGGUCACUGAGAAAAGAAGCAUGGUAUUUGAGACAGCAAUGACUGCCAACCCCGCAGAUACUUGCUGGAACCAAUCAACUGGACUAAGUGUACGCAUCAUAGGAUGUCCAAAGCAUAAGCACCAGCUCUGUCUCUGGGUUAGGUUUGAUGGCAAGCUCCUCUCUGAUAUUCCUAUUGCUUGCAAUCAAAUUGGUGAGGCAGGUGCCUUACAUCUAGGCUUUCUACUGGACGGUAGGAGCAGUAAAGUGUAUGUUGUUGACCUUGACAACACGACAGUGAUUCAGUCUGUGACUGACAUUGUGUUUGACAGACCAUUCUGGGUUAUGGCGUAUCUAGAUGCAUCCCAAGAUUCAAACAUGGCGUGUGAACUUGUAUCAGGUCACAACCUUACACUAUCAGAAGGAAUGACCCAGUUGUUGUUAUCUCUAUAGGAAGGUGACUGGGCGGGGGAAUAAACGUGUAAAAUGCGGAAAGAAGGAGCCAGUAAAACAUCGUUGGAGAGGAUGGUCCCUUGGGCAGAAUCCGACGUCCAUUGUGAAAGAAUAAAGACUUCAUGAUUAUCCCCACCCGUUCAGAUACCAGGGACCAUUGUGUACAUCCCAUCCCAUCCUUUCUUGCUCACCCAAAAGGCUCGAACCAUAUUGUGUCUUAAAUUCUACUCUACUAUGUUUUAUGUCAGAUGUGGAGGACACGUGAUGAAAAUUAUGUCGAUGUAAUUCCUUGUUUUAACUUUUCCUUAUGUUCCCGCGUUUGUGCAGGAGGACUCUUGAACUACUUUUGCAUGUCUUAGUGACGGGUGCCACCGGUGGACCUGGAUGCUCUCACCUUAUCAUCACUAAUUGAUGAGCCAACAUGACGACGGUCACAUCACAGCGGGUGUAUAUAAAGUAACCAGACCCUCGUUACACCCCUGCGGGGAUGAUGAGGCUUUUCAGUGCAUUUUGAAUGGGCGAUUGAUAUCAGCCCCGGAUGGAGUGCGUCCUCUGCUCGGCUAGCUUUCCCAUGACAAUGUCUUCUAAUCAAGCUACUCCCAUAUUCGUCUGCAAGAGGUCUGUGCAUAUACGUUCCUGGUUGUACCCACGACACACCACAAGCUGUGAUCGAAGUACACUGUUUACAACUGACCUAUGACCAUUGUAUGAGACUGCACACACCAUACGAGACAAACAUGUCGGAUCUUAUGUCAGUGGCUGCGAUCAAGGAUCUUCUGACAGAGUGUCCAAUAUGUACAGAACACUUUGAUGAGUCAACACGAAUUCCUCGUCGUAUGCCAUGUUGUGUACAGUCAAUAUGUCAGCCCUGUCUGGAAACCUACACUGGAGGUGCUGCAACCCUAUCCUGCCCCAUGUGUCGACACCGACAUAAUCUGCCUGGUGGGGUGAAAUCUCUGCCCAAAGAGACUCUCAUCCUGAAGACUCUGGACUACCUCAAGAUCCAGAAAGGUCUCCAUCUUCCAUGUACAGAUUGCCCUGACAAGGAAACAGCUGUAGCCCAGUGUGAUAACUGUGGAACAUUUUUAUGUUCCCUUUGCUUAAGUGCUCAUAAACGGAAUAUGGUAACAAAAGCCCACACUAUAAAUACCUUUGAUGAAAUGAAGGGCCGACCUGUGCAGAGUUUCCGUCGUCUACAUCAGUGCAGUCAGCACCAACAACCUCUACAGUUCUACUGCUACACUUGUGACAAGGUUGUCUGUGUGUCCUGCACUGUAGUAGAUCACAAAGAAGGGAAGGGACACAACGUCGUGUCUGUGAAUGAAGCACACCAAGGAAAGGCGAAGUCCACAAAUGAUGUUUUAGGAGAGUUAGAAGAGAAGACAAAGAGACUGAGCGAAACGGAGUCAGCCCUUCAAAAGAAGAUAGAAAACAUCAAAUUGUCAAUGAAGGUAGCAAGAGAUGAUAUCAAUAAAAUCUUUGAGAACCUGACCGAUAGGCUGAAUCAAAGAAGAACAAUCCUUCUAUCAGAUGUUGAUGGGAAAUCUGCUGAGAAUCUGAAGCUAACAGAGGAGGCCUUGGAUUCGACAAGACAACUGCUGACUAAAAUGAAAACUUCAUCCGAAUACAUGCGACAGAUGCGCAGCAAAGCUGACAAGGUGGAAGAUCUACUGGUAAUGGGAUCAUCUGAGGCCUCUUUGAACUCCAUGUUGAAGGAGUCACCACAGGAAAUACCCUUUGACAGGACUGGAGUCAGCUUUGUUCAAGCAAACGUACAACAUCUGCAGGAUACUAUCAAUGUGGCAGGAAUGGUCAGAUCAGUUACGUUCUCCCCAACAGAGAGGCCGAAUGGUAUGCCAGAUACAGAAGUAUACAACGCCAUCAUACUGGAACCUGCAGAGUUCCCUACAGUGAUGGAGAUGGACCGGAGCAUCUGUGACCAGGAGAUAACAUGCCCGACUCUGGAAUGGGACUCAAGCACUGCUGAUAACACUAUUGACGUGUCUGGAUGUGUAAUCACAAACACCACCUUAGCCGUCCCUUCUCCUGACACAGGAUGUCGGAUACAAAAUAUCACUUCAUGUCUGGCAUCCAGGCCUUUAAUGGUUAAAAAAUGCCAAGGCCAGCGAUGCAUGUUUCGCGUAAAGUUUCGGGUUUGUGUAAAGGAAUUGAUACAAGAUAAUAAACUUAUACAAGAGAUUGCCCUGACCCCCACCCCUGUAGAUGCUGUCUGUUAUCAAGUCACCGGACUGAGUGUACGUGUUGUUACAUGCCCCAACCACAAGCAGCAGCUGUGUCUCUGUGUAGUCUGUAAUAACACCCUCUUCACUGAUCGCCCUCUCAUUCAGAACAGAGUUGGACAAUCUAUUGACCUACAACUGUGUUUUCUAAUGGAUGGGGCUAAUGACAAAAUAUUAGUUAUUGAUGCCGGUGAUAACAAAGUGUACACCACCGUCACAGAUGUUGCUUUUGACAGACCCAUGUGGGUCAUGAUGUAUGUUGGUUAUCCCGCAAUAUCAGAUGUAAGAGGAGAACUGAUUACAGGCCACAACAUCACAGGAACCUUCGCAAACUACAAUCAUUAGACUAGUUUCCACUAUCCACAACAAUCACACACUCCAUGUAACAUGCAAUGUAUACAAGCACAGCUCAGUAAAAUAAUAUGUAUGCCCUUGACACAUUACCAACUUGUGUACAUAUGUAAAAACACGUUUGGUUUACAUAUUUAAUACAAAUAGUAAUGUAACCGUGACGAUCCGGGUUAGAAUCCUGCUUGCCGUAAGAGG